GGUAUGUCAUGAAAAGGGAGCCGUCAUUUCCUUUAUACGCCAUUUUAUGUCUGCUAAUGUUUGCGUAGUGUCUCGUUGUGCUGUUUGCUAAUCGGCUGGUAAAAAAUUUAAAUCAUGGGCAGAAAAAAGAAGAAGCAGAUGAAGCCAUGGUGUUGGUAUUGUAACAGGGACUUUGACGAUGAAAAGAUUCUCAUUCAGCACCAGAAAGCCAAACACUUUAAAUGCCACAUAUGCCACAAGAAGUUAUAUACUGGUCCUGGUCUGGCCAUCCACUGUAUGCAGGUUCACAAAGAAACUAUUGAUGGUGUCCCCAAUGCGAUACCUGGAAGAACUGACAUAGAAUUGGAGAUCUAUGGAAUGGAGGGUAUUCCCGAAAAAGACAUGGAUGAGAGGAGACGUGUCCUUGAACAAAAAUCACAAGAUCAAAAGAAAAAACAGAACCAAGAUGACUCGGACGACGACGAUGAUGAUGAAGAGGCUGGACCCUCCUUCCAACAACCAGCAGCAUCAGCGCAGCCUCAGGCCGCUUACACGCCUAUGACACAGCCGGGAAUGGCCCCUGUCCCAGCACCGGGAAUGCCACCUGGAAGCUACUCAGGUGUGCUGUAUAACAGAAUGCCCCCAAUGAUGCCUGGUGUUCCCCCGAUGAUGCCAGGCAUGCCCCCUGUUAUGCCAGGAAUGCAUCCAGGCAUGAUGCCAAUGGGUGGAAUGAUGCCACCCGCACAUGGAAUGCCACCCAUGAUGCCAGGCAUGCCACCAGGAAUACCACCUCCAAUGGGCCCUCACCCUGGCAUGCCCCACAUGGCUCAGGCCCCUCCCACCGCCACCAGGCCAGCAGUGCCUGCCGUCACAGUGCCCGCACCACAGCCGGGUGUCUCCAAACCACUCUUUCCCAGUGCGGGACAGAUGGGGACUCGAGCUCCAAGCACAAGCUCAGCCUCCUCCAGUCUGGACACUUUGUCAGCAUCCUCUAAACCGCUGUCCCAAGUUCAGCAGGCUGUUACAGGCGCAGCGACGAGCUCCUCUGCCCCUCCUUCUGUUGUGCCCAAACCCACAUUCCCAGCCUAUACUCAGUCCUCCUCUUCUCCUGCUAACACUAGCAGCACCGUGGCCAAACCAGGCACCCCAAUCACAAGUAAGCCGGCCGCCCUCACCACCACUAGUGCAACCAGUAAGUUGAUCCACCCUGAUGAAGAUGUGUCACUGGAGGAAUUGCGUUCCCAGCUGCCUCGCUACCAGUGUAAGAUCCCUAGCACGGGACAGGCUCAUGUGUCUUCCCCACCAGUCGCAGCAAUGGGAAGCGUGUUGACGCCUCAGCAGGGCAUUCCUGCGCAACAGCCAGGUGUUAGGCAUCCCAUGCAAGGGCCAUAUGGGGCUCCGCCCCAAGGUGUGUCUGGAUAUGUCCCUGGAGGGAUGCCUCCCUAUGGGCAAGCGCCGCCCAUGGUACCUCCUUACCAGGCCGCUCCCCCUCGGCCCGCCCUAGGCAUGAGACCUCCCGUAAUGUCUCCCGGGGGCCGAUAUUGAAGCGUCAGCACUGGUCUACAUUAGGUUUGGUGAUUCAACCAUUUUACCAUCUAGUGGCGUGCUUUUCAAUCCAGAUCAGUUGCUAAAACCGUAACAGUUCUUGUGCAGUGAGAGGAGAUGGAUAAACUCUGUAACGCAUGGGACUUUGAUUUUGCUCAAAGUUUUUUAUUUAGACACCUACACUUGGUUGCAGAUCAUACAGCUUUGGCUUUUUUCUCAUGUUUUGUUUAGGUUUUUAGAAGUGUAGUAAAUAUGGUUCGUAUUAAUUUGAAGCGGCUGGAGUUUCGUACAGCACCUUUAUCAAGGCAAGUCACUGUAAAUAUACUACUGUACUAAAAGUGUGAAGCCUUCGCAGCACCCAUAGGUGCUGUUGGACUUCAUGUCCCCAGCUUUGCUUGGUGAGGGCUUCAGAUAGAUGUGACUGUUGGGUGUAUUUUUGUAUGUCUGCUCGUCUACAUUUACAGUGUUCUCUCUCUAUAGGGCAAAUAACAUAAAGAACUCCUGUGAAUGCUAUCUGUAUUGUUCUAUAAUGAAUUGUAAUAAACUGUCUUGAAAUCUAA